CCGGUUCAGAAGUGGCCGCAGAUAUACUCAACAACUUCGAGACAUUGAGGCAGAAGAUUGUCAAAGUGUUCCCUCAGGAGUAUCAAAGAGCUCUCAAACAAAUGGCGGAACAGUCUGUCAAACCAGAAGUUGAAGUCAAACAAACCGACGACCAGAAGGUGAAGGACAUCGAGGACUCGAUUCCGGAUCAGACAAAACUCGAUAAAUUGCGCGGAUUUAUGAAAUAUAAGAGGAUUAAAGGCUAUUAUCGCGAUGUCAGCAAACGAUCCAAGGAUUGGAAAGAGAUCUUUGACCACCAGUUCAUCCGAAACAAUGUCCGCACACAGGCCUCGAGGUGUAUGGAGUGCGGAGUCCCCUUCUGUCAGUCAUCGCAUGGCUGUCCACUGGGAAACAUAAUCCCGCGUUGGAAUGAUCUGGUCUAUCAGGACGACUGGUAUGAGGCCAUCAAACAGCUCCUCCAGACAAAUAACUUCCCUGAGUUCACGGGCCGGGUAUGUCCGGCUCCCUGCGAGGGCGCCUGCGUUCUCGGCAUCACAUCCCCGCCCGUCGCCAUCAAAACCAUCGAAGUCUCCAUCAUUGAGACGGCCUUCGAGAAGGGCUGGAUUAAGGCGUCGCCGCCUAAGAUCAGGACCGGACUAAAGGUGGCGGUCAUAGGGUCGGGACCCUCGGGGCUGGCAUGUGCUGAUCAGCUCAACAAAAAGGGUCAUUUGGUGACAGUGUUUGAGCGAAACGAUAGGGUCGGGGGUCUCCUCCAGUACGGCAUACCGACGAUGAAGUUGUCUAAACAAGUG